AUGUCGUCGCAAAAGUCCCGACCGGUAUAUGUCUCGAACGGACAGGCUCUUUCGAGCCCCCCGUUGACCGUUCGCCUCAACCGCUUCACCGAGAGCGUCUACCUCUUCUUCGGCCUGUAUUUCGUGAGCCUGUUCGCGUUCGACUCCUAUGCCUCCGCCCAGGGUUCGCAGUUCAACAUCCAUAACCGAAAUACCGCGUCCAGAUCUUCUACUGAAUGGGGCGCGCGUACCAGCUCCUCCAGUUCUAAUAUCAACCGUGGAGGCGCCGGGGGUGGUGGCCCGCGCAUUGGCCGGGUGGACGAUGUCCGAGGGCCAGAGUGCAAGAGCUGCCGCUAA